UAAUGAUAUAAUUAUCGGCUGGUCCAUGAAACUAAGAAUAACUAUGUUUUUCAAAUAUAAAGUUUUAGUCGCUAAUGUGUACUUGAGUGCGGUAACUUGUUUGGUACUUUGCUCGGAGCAGCAUCAAGCUGUGGUUUAUAUGGACACAGUCAACGGUGUGGACAACAGUAGUUGUUGGCUUGGUGAGAUAGAACUGCCUUGCAAGUCGUUAUCAUUUGUCGGCAAUAGAAGACCUGAUGCUCUUGUAGCAGAGUUAAAACGAACAUCUCAUCAGCUGCAUGGUUCAGAUGAAGAAUGUUAUCCAUGGAUGUUUUUCAAUGAUACGAUUGGAGAGUGUGCGUGUGGUGACAUUCCCUAUCGCUCUGUUCUGUGUGAUCCCACAAUUCCUCAGACGUCUAUACUCGACUGUUAUUGCAUGACGUAUGAUAACAUUACAAGAAAGACUGAACUAGGAGUGUGCUUCUUUGGCUGUGAUCGUAUUGCUGACACACUUUAUACUAAACUACCAACUAAUGUGAACGAUUUGAACACCUAUAUGUGUGAGAAAUACAACCGAGGUUCAACACUGUGUGGGAAGUGUCUACCAGGAUAUUCACCACUUGUGUACUCGUAUGACAUGAAAUGUAUGAACUGCACGGGAGAGAACAUGACCUACAACUGGAUCAAGUACAUAGCAGUUGCUUACAUUCCGUUAACAAUCUUCUUUUUCUGUGUUGUGGGUUUCAAAUUCAGUGGAACAUCUCCAUGGAUGAAAGCUUUCAUUUCUCUCUGUCAAGGUGUAGCUUCCCCUAUAGUAGCCAGGUCUUUCUUGCGAAUUGCCAGGAACAGGAUGAAUAUCUUUAUUCGAAUACUCGAGUGUGUUUAUGGUAUUUGGAAUUUGGAUUUCUUCUGGACAAUUAUCCCACCGAUAUGCGUAAGUAUAACUCCACUACAGGCAAUUGCUUUAGAUUAUGCAAUUGCAUUCUAUCCACUGUUACUGGUCACUGUUACUUAUAUACUAGUGAGUAUGUACAGUCGGGACGUACGGGUAAUCGUAUGGCUUUGGAAACCAUUUCACAAACUUCUGGGAUGUUUCAGGAAUAAGAAAACAGACUUUGAGGGUUCACUUGUAAAAGCUUUCGCCACUUUUUUUUUAGUCUCAUACUUGAAGUUGAUCGAUGUUUCUUUUGAUUUCCUUUUGUAUACAGAGAUGUACACAUUCGAACACAGUAACAGUAGCCAGUAUAGUGUCCGCUAUGUUCUCUACCUCGAUGCAUCUGUCGAUUACUUUAGUAAAGAACACCUUCCCUACGCUAUCACUGCUUUGUUUGUUUUGAUCUUUGUGAUUAUCUUUCCACUUGUGUUUCUUGUCAUCUAUCCAAUGCGUUGGUUUCAACGAGUUCUCAACAAGUUUAGUGUUCAGCGCCAACACAUCGAUAUGUUUGUUUACUGUUACCAAGGUUACUACAAGGAUGGAACAAAUGAAACUCGUGACUGUCGAUGCUUUUCUAUAACGUUCUUUCUCUCUUAAAUUAUAAUGUUUGUCUGGUUCACCCUCUCACAAAGUAUUUAUUGUUAUCCUAUAUGUGCUGUGCUUUUGACACUAGUAGUCAUUGUUCAGCUACUGAUACAACCAUACAAAGAAC